CAAUGGAGUAUAAAAUGGCCGCCUGAGGGAGCGACGGGAGGGAGGGGAGAGACGUCGCCGGCCGCUGGGCUCGGACGGAAGGAAGGAAGUAAGCAGGAAGCGCGAGGGGCGGAGGCAGCGCAGGCAGGAAGAGGGACGUGACGAGGCGACGCUGCGAGUCAGCCGCGGCCGGUGCGAGCGGCGGACGGAGACCCCGGAAGGGCGGCGAGGCGAGGAUCUUUCCUAUUCUUAUCAACAUGGAAAACUCGGAUUCCAGCAACAAAGGAAGCACCGAUCAAUCUGAAGCACAGCGUCGGAGUCAGUUGGACCGACUGGAUCGGGAAGAAGCAUUCUAUCACUUUGUAAAUAAUCUGAGUGAAGAAGAUUACAGGCUAAUGAGGGAUAACAACCUGCUGGGCACCCCAGGUGAGAUUACUGAAGAAGAGUUGCUAAGACGGCUGCAGCAAAUUAAAGAGGGCCCACCGCAGCAAAGUAGUGAAGAUAGUAGAGCAGGUGCAGAAUCCACAGAAGAUGUGUCUAAUGGUGAUUCCAUAAUUGAUUGGCUUAAUUCAGUUCGACAGACUGGAAAUACAACUCGCAGUGGGCAGAGAGGAAACCAGUCUUGGAGGGCAGUGAGCCGGACUAACCCAAACAGUGGGGAUUUCAGAUUCAGUCUGGAAAUAAAUGUCAAUCGUAGUAACGGGAACCCAAACCCGGAAACAGAGGCUGAGCCAUCUGUAGAACCAUCCAGUGGGGAGGAUCUGGAAAAUAACCAAAGUGACACUGAGACUCCUCGGUCAGAAUCUCCUCCUGUUGUAAGGCAGUCUGGAUCAGAAAUGAGUCCGCCUGAAGAGGUAAAUGAAGAGGCAUUUCCUCAGAGGGGCCAGAGAAGAUCAAGAAGCAGAAGUCCAGAGCAGCGGAGGACACGAGCCAGGACUGAUAGAAGUAGGUCACCUCUUAAUCCAGUGAGUGAGCCUCCGCGUAGGACACAUCAUAAUACCUCACCUCCGAUGCCUGAUGUCUCCCCAGCCAUUGAAGCUGAAGGAAGUUCUAGAACAAGACAGCACAUGGUGAUACGGCAGCAUGCCACCACUUCUGAGAUGCCCAGUGAAAAUGCAGUGCUGCUUUCAGCCGCUGAAGCAAGACCCGCUCCUCAGGCAGUGGCUUCUGCGGAAACAAACGGCAACACGGAGACUACACCCUCUGGGCAGAGGCCUCCAACUAUUGUUCUUGACCUACAAGUGAGACGAGUCCGCCCAGGAGAGUAUAGGCAGAGAGACAGUAUAGCUAACCGAACUCGGUCAAGGUCCCAGACGCCAAACAACACCGUUACUUAUGAAAGUGAGCGAGGAGGGUUUAGGCGUACAUUUUCACGCUCAGAAAGGGCAGGAGUGAGAACUUACGUCAGUACCAUUCGGAUUCCUAUUCGCAGAAUCUUGAACACGGGCUUGAGUGAGACAACGUCUGUUGCCAUUCAGACCAUGUUAAGGCAGAUAAUGACUGGCUUUGGGGAGUUGAGUUACUUUAUGUACAGCGAUAGUGAUGCUGACCCUGGUGGCCCAGCGCCAAACCCAAACGUAGAAAUGACAGAGCCACCAAGUGGAAAUAGUAGCUCAAGUAAUGAAGUACCUGACCCUGGCUCGGGAGAGUCCUACGAAAGUAACAACGAAGUGGGUGCUGUGGCUGGCACUAGGCGGGAAGGACGGAAUGCGAGGGGAUCAGUUACUUUUGAAGAAAGUGGGUCUCUGCCGUUUCUUAGCCUGGCACAGUUUUUUCUGCUCAAUGAAGAGGAUGAUGACCAACCAAGAGGCCUCACCAAAGAGCAAAUUGACAACCUAGCCAUGAGGAAUUUUGGUGAAAGCGAUGCUCUGAAAACCUGUAGUGUUUGCAUCACAGAAUACACAGAGGGGAACAAACUAAGAAAACUUCCUUGUUCUCAUGAAUACCAUGUGCACUGCAUUGAUCGUUGGCUAUCAGAAAACUCUACCUGCCCAAUUUGUCGUAGAGCAGUCUUGGCUUCCAGUAACCGAGAAAGUGUUGUCUGAGCAAGACGUGAACUUUCAGCUGAGUACCAGGUGAGGUGGUGGGCAAAGAAGCCACUUCCUAUGGCCACUUUUUGUGUGGUGGUUAUAAGUGUAGAAGCAAAGACUCUGUGAUCUGUAAUGAAAUGGAAUUGGGGGAAAAAAGCAGAGGAACUUCCUUGAUUAGGGUUCCCAAAAUAAUACUGGGUUUAUGUUAAUUAAAAGAACUGCAUUUGCCCAAAGACACCUCCCUCUUGUACCUUCUCAGUUUUUUCAAUGAAAACAAGGUUCACAUCUAUCUUUACCCCAGUGUGUAGUGAACAUUGAAGACUUCGCCACUCUGCUCUUCCCCGUGAAGAAUAUAACUGGAGUCAUUCAGCUGCAUAUAGCCCAUGCUUCAUUGUGGAUUAAAAAAAAAAAAACCUCAGCUACCUUUUCAGAACACUGAAAUUGCACCCCCUGAGCAUAAUUUUAGUUCCUUUAUUGUAUAGGUUAUUGAAUAUGUCAGUGUAAAUAACACUAAUGUUAGCCCCUCUCCCACUGUACAGCUGUCAUAAGCCCAACGCUAUGGUAUACCAUAGAACGAGCUGAUAGUUUAAUGGGAAUAUUUAUCUUGCUGUGGAAAUAUAUUAAUUGCUUAUGCUUGUUUAAAUAAACUUUUGUUUUAAAAACUGUAAAGCUUUUUGUACAGAAUUAGUAACUCUUCCAUUGCACUGUUACACUGAUGCAUCCAGUAAAGCUGUCCUAUGCUUAGAAAGGAAACUGCUUUGGUGUGACUUGGUACACCCAGGGUAAUGAAGAUGGCAAAGAGUUACUCCUGUAAAGUUAUAAAUAGAGCGCUCCUGGACUAAUUAUGUAAACUAAUGGCUAUUGUAACAUGAUGUAGUCAAGACAUUUGGGUGGGUGUAAAUGGGAUGUAAUCCACUGUUUGAGUGUUAGGAGGAAACAAUCCAGUGUAACAAUCUGCAUGAGGAAAAACUCCCAAUAAUGAGCAAAUUUCUGUUUUGCAGAGAGGACACAGGGUUGGUCAACAGCCGCUUGCACAGAAUGCCUGUUGGUGUUGAAUUGUGACUCUGUGUAAGCAGUUCUUAACCAACCUGAUGUCAUCUGCAAAAUAGAAAUCUGCUCCAUUAUUGGGAGCCUUUAGCUAUGCCUACCUCUUCUCUGUUUCUUUCUCCCUCCAAUUGCUAACAGGUGUGCUUUCCUAUUUCUGUAGGACUUUGGUGUACAAAGUGCAUUUAUUGCCCUUACUGCUAUGUACUGGGCAAUUACAGCUUUGAGGCUAAGUUCUUUUAGUGGCUUAGUAUCUCUGUAAACUGGAGUUCAGUCGAAUACUUAAAAUAGUAUCCCUUCUAAAGCUUAUCUCCCAGUGUGGAGGGGGGUGGGCGAGUAGAUUAAAAACUCAAAAGGUUUGCCCACACUGAUAAGUUUGCCAAAGUAUGAAUCCUGUCAAUGUGUGAAGCUGCCAUUUAAAAAUUUCCCUACAACUCGAGUAUAUCUUUGGUUAAUCUUAAGAGUCCCUCUUUUAUCCUGCAUACAUACUAAGAAUCAAGUUUUGUGUUGUGACAUAACUGUAAAUGGCUGUUACUUAUAGAUCUAAAAUGUUCAUCUUCAAUUGAUAUGAGAAAGUCCAGUGAAUUUUAUAGAGAUGAAUAUAUACAGCUAUCUUGCCUCUGUAUAAACUGUCUUUGCACCCAAAGUAGGAUUCAGUAACCCUCCUCUGCUCUCUUCUUGCUGCCUGAAAUACUUUGUUAAAUUAAAAAUUAUGAGAUAAAUACAAAUUAUGUAUGAGGUUGACCACUGCCAUGGACGAUUCCUGCUUAGCUUAGUUUUCAGCUAAAAAGGUACUUUUCUAACCCUUGGACAUGCGUUCAUUUUUCAAACAUUAA